AUGGGAGGCAUUGUCUCGCUGGAAGACGCGAGUCUCAUCUUCACGACGCCGGACGGCAUUGGUAUCCACGAAGACUUCGCGCGUGGCUACGAGCCGGACAUGCCGCUCGCGAUCAAGCGGCCGUUCGUCACGCACGCCGACGACGCGCUCAUCCGAGAGCACUGGGCGACGAUCUCAACCGGGUCGCCCGCCUUUCUACCUCAAAAGCACAUGACACCCGUCAAAUUCUUCCAUGCGACCUUUUACACCAAGCUCUUUGCGCGCGUGCCAAGCGCCCGGUCGCUCUUCCGGUCGUCCCUGACGCUGCAAGGCAAGUCCAUCACGGGCAUGGUGCACACGCUGGCGACAUUGAUCCGGUCCCGCGACGUUGUCGAGACAGCCCAGCGCCUCGCAGCCAUGCACGCGAGCUACGGCGCGUGCAAGGAGCACUACGCCGACGUCGGUAUCGUCUUGCUCGAGACGCUGGAAGCCGUGAGCGGCCCGGCGUGGUCGGAGAAGAUCAAGACCGCGUACCUCACCGCGUACUGCUUUGUGUACUAUUUGAUGCUGCCCGUGAUCUUGAGCACGCCCGUGGCGCCGAUUGCGCCGAGCGUCGACGCGCACAUCGUGGCGAGCGAGGCCAUCGCAUCCAACGUCCAACGGCUGCGGAUUCUGGUCGACGUUGCACUGCAGUACCAUCCGGGCGACGCAUUGGUUGUCGGCGUCCCGCUCUCAACCGGCGAGGUCCGUGCUUCGUUUGCGCUAACGAGUCUGUACGACGCCGACUCGCGCGAGAUCGAGCUGUGCGUCGAGAGCAUUGACAAGGUCUUCGAGUGGCUCUGCAACGCCCCGUUGCAGUCCAAGUUGCAAGUCUUUUGGGUCCUCUCUAGCAUGCACUGGGAGCUCGACACGCCGACGUCACUGCCUCGGAAGGCUCUCUUUCUGAGCGAAGGCGCGGCCGGCGCACCGUACUUCGCUAUCGUGCGCGCUCUGUACGCUGCGCGCGAGUCCUGCGACUGCGACGUCCUGUGGUUGCAGUGUGGGUCGGAGCCGAUACCGUAUUUCGAGCACCCGUUCAACGACGAACCGUGGGCUCGGCUGGCACGCAUCUAUUGCUGGAUCGCCUGA